AAGCCGAGCAACGCGCAAAAAGCAGCAAAGGAGCGUCCGCCCGGGUGCCGAGUCCCGCGCGGUGAGGAUAGCGGCCAGCUGUUUGUUGUGCAGGCGAGAGAGUAGGACGUUGCCCGUGCUUUUCCGCAGGAUUUCUCGCAAAGGAACCCUUUUCAGAGACUGCCACGAUGAGUCUAGCAAAGUUUUUCGGCUUCGGAAAGAAUGAGAAAUCCAUCACGCCCGGAGAGGCGAUCCAGAAGCUGCGAGAUACGGAGGAAAUGCUGUGUAAGAAGCAGGAUUUCUUGGAGAAAAAGAUUGAUCAGGAAAUCUCUCUUGCGAAGCAGCACGGAUCCAAAAAUAAGAGAGUGGCCCUGCAAGCACUGAAGCGUAAGAAGCGAUAUGAGAAACAACUGCAGCAGAUUGACGGCACUCUCAGCACCAUUGAGAUGCAGCGCGAGGCCCUGGAGUCGGCCAGCACAAACACUACAGUCCUGCAGACCAUGAAUGAAGCUGCCAAGGCCCUGAGGGCAGCACACCAGGACAUGGAUGUGGACAAGGUUCACGACAUGAUGGACGACAUUGCAGAACAACAGGAGGUUGCACACGAGAUCUCUGAGGCCAUCUCCAACCCUGUUGCAUUUGGUGAUGGCGUGGAUGAGGAUGAGUUGCUGGCUGAGCUAGAGGAGCUAGAACAAGAGGCCCUGGACGAGAAACUUCUAGAGACCACAGGAGUCACAGACGAGCUUCCAGAAGUUCCCUCGGCUAUCCCAGAGACCGUCUCCAAGAAGAAAGCCAAAGAGGACUAUGAUGAUGAUAUGGCGGAACUUGCAGCCUGGGCCUCAUAAGCAUGGUUCUCUGUAUGGAUCCCUGCCCACUUUCGUUGGCCUUCCGGUUAUCAAGCCUGGUGCAAGUGGCUGUCUCAUUGGGACUUAUCUGUGUGUGGCUUACCUCGUGGCACCUGCAUUCAAAACAGCCUGUUUCUUUUUUGUUUCAUGUAAUAUUAAUUAUUCAUUGAUUAUGUGUUGAUAGAUAUCUAUGUGUACAUUCUUCAAAUUACAGUGAUAACCUUUUGCGAGUGCUUCAGGUAAAUGUGCAAAUUGCUCAGUUCCUUGUGGAUUUUUAGAGCAAUUCAAUUCAGUGCUUUUUCAUAUUGGAUUAAUUGAGUGGUUAAAUUGCUUGCUUUUUAAAUAUAAACUGAAUAAUUUGGAGUGAUCACAUACUUAUCAUAGGAGCUACAUAUCUUGAGUUUUUUGUUUUUUUUCCUUUCUUUUGUUUUCUUUCUUUCUUUCUUUCUUGUCUUCAUCUAUCAUUACAUGUCUCCUGUUAUAUUACUUCCCUUUGCAAUCUUAUAGCUCAUCAGGUUUUAGUAUGAAAAAUAGAACAUAAAAAUGGUGUAACUGUUGUACAAACACUCACUCAUUCAUAAACACAAAGUCACUCACUCAUUCACUCACUCAGCUCAUUUAUGCACUCAAUUAAUUGAUUUUCUCUGUCUAUUUCUUUAUCCUUUUUCACUUUAUCUCAUACAAAAUACGAAAGGAUACAAAGUACUGUCAUAGAAUCAGGGUUCUAUGUUGAAAUAUUCACACAUGUAUUCUAUUCUUAGAACUAUUUCAGUUUAUCUUUUUCUCUUUUUCUCUUCCCCACACUCA